AGCUGGAUUGGCAGCUGUGCCCUCAAGGCCGGGGCGGUGUGACUGCGGAAACCGACCUCAGGCUAUCGCUGAAAAACAGAAAGGCUGUUUUGGGAGGGGUUGAGACCUGGGCUUGGAGGAUUUGGGGAAGAGACUACAGGAAUUAACCACCUAUGUGUUAGGAGUGAACCAUCCUCUUCCUAGGGGAAAUGGAUGACUAAUCUACCCUUUGGCUUCAUGGGAACCUAAAUUCUCUCUUUUGGGGAGAGAAAUUAAGCUCCCCCCAGAAUUGGGGGGGCGCUGGGGCCUGGUUCCAGAAUAGCCCGAGGCUCGGGAGGAAUCUCUGGCCACACCCCUCACUCCCCUCCUCUUUCUCCCUAAGUCUGAAAACAGUUGGCUAAAGAUUGGCUCUGAGUCUACUGAUCUUCUGAGCAGUCUUUCCUAGAGCCUACUCUGUUUUUUUUCCCCAAUAUUCUGUUCAGAAUCUAAGCAAGGACUACCUCACUUUUGAACUUGUAUCCCUAAUAUCUACCUGUGCCUGGUACACAAAAGAUAGUUAAUAAGUGCUUGGUGCUUGCUGAUUGAAAAGACCUUUAGGAAAUACAUACUAUUUACAGAAUUCUGUGUUCCUGAUCUGGUUUUAUGGAGGCAAGGAUGGUUGGAGAAUGAAACAACAAUAAAAGCUAUACUAUACAUUGUCAUAUGGUGAGAUCUGAGGAUGUAAACGAGUGGAGGUGAGAUUAGGAAAGACUUGGAAGAGGUGGAAUUUGAGGUCAGUUUUAAAGGCUGGCUAAGCAUUUAGGAGGAGGACUGUAGGAAGGAUAUCCCUGUUGCAAAGAUAGUUUGAUAACAAUCUAAGAGGAAGAGGAAAAUGUCAAAAAUAACCCUAAAGUUUGAAAAUAUGAGGCUGGGUUAUUAUUCUUGCCACUGACAAAUAGUCACAAAAAAGAGCUGAUAUUUUGGUUUGGAACAUGGGAAUUCAGCACUUGUCUGGGGGCCUUGAGAGGUUAAAUGAUUAGCCCAGAAGUCACACAGCCAGUAGGUGUGUCAGUGUUGAAACUUAGAUGUUAGUUCUCUAUCCUCUACCCAUUGCUUCUCAUCUUCAUGUUAUAGAAGAAAAUGAGGAACAGAAUGGUCAGUGCUUUGUCCGGAGUUACAUAACUAUUUAGUGUAAGAGUUACAAUUUGAGAUCUUCGACCUGAGAUGUGGACCAAGCUUGAUCUCUGGAGCCAGUUUAUGCCUUGGUUUUGGACUUGUUUGCGUUUGAGGCGUGGCUAAAUAUUCUGGGGGAGUUUUCUUUCCGUUAGACAGUUGGGAGAUAUUGGUCUGGAGCACUGGGGAGAGAGCUGGAUGGGAGACUUAAGAUUUGGGCCGCUUUAGCCUUGGUAGGAUCCAAGCUUGAGGGAGUGAAUGAGAUCACCCAGGGAGAGAAUCUAGAGAUAAAAGAGAAGGCGGAGUCUUGGGGAACACCCAUUAGAAGGGUGUUGGGAAGAAGAUGAGGAGACUCCGCAGGAAAGGAACGCCUCAGAAAUAUGACCCAACAUUCAAGGGCCCUAUUUACAACAGAGGCUGCACCGAUGUUAUUUGCUGUGUGGCCCUAUUCAUAGCCAUUGUGGGGUAUGUGGCUGUGGGCAUUAUAGCCUGGACUCAUGGAGACCCUCGAAAGGUGAUUUAUCCUACAGACAGCCGUGGGCAGUUCUGUGGGCAGAAGGGGACACCUAAUGAGAACAAGCCUUUCUUGUUUUACUUCAACAUCCUGAAAUGUGCUAGUCCCUUGGUGCUACUUGAGUUUCAGUGCCCAACCAUGCAGAUCUGUGUGAAGAACUGUCCUUCCAGAUAUCUCACCUAUCUCCAAGCCUCUGGUCAAGCCCAAGACCUGGACUAUUACAAACAAUUCUGCGUUCCAGGCUUUGGCCAAGGCAAAAAGAAGAGUCCUAUUGAAGUUCUUAGGGAUGGAGACUGCCCUGCGGUGCUCACCCCCAGCAAACCUUUGGCUCGGCGAUGUCUCCCGGCCAUUGAGACCCGCAAAGGCGUGAUCACUGUGGGCAAUGAGACCACAUUUGAUGAUGGACAUGGCCAGAAGAGAAAUGUGUCAGAACUGGUAGAGGGAGCCAAGAAGGCGAACGUGGUGCUGGAGGCACGGCAGCUGGCCAUGCGUGUGUUUGAGGAUUACACUGUAUCCUGGUAUUGGAUUCUCAUUGGUCUGGUGAUUGCCAUGGCUUUGAGCCUCAUCUUCAUCGUCCUCCUCCGCUUCCUGGCCGGGAUCAUGAUCUGGAUUAUGAUAGUCAUGGUCAUCUUGGUGCUGGGCUACGGAAUCUUUCACUGUUACAUGGAGUAUUCCCGACUCCGAGGUGAAGCUGGCUCUGAUGUUUCCAUUGGGGACCUGGGCUUCCAGACUGACUUUCGGGUAUAUCUGCACUUGAGACAAACCUGGCUGGCUUUCAUGAUCAUCCUGUGUGUGCUGGAGCUCAUCAUAAUCCUCCUGCUCAUAUUCCUGAGAAAGCGCAUCCUUAUUGCCAUUGCCCUCAUCAAGGAAGCCAGCAGGGCUGUAGGCUAUGUCAUGACUUCCCUGCUAUACCCACUUUUUACCUUUUUCCUCCUCUGCCUCUGUAUUGCCUAUUGGGCCAGCACUGCUGUCUUCCUGUCUACUUCCAAUGAGGCUAUCUACAAGGUCUUCAAUGACACUGCCUGUGCAGCUGCUGGACAGAGGUGUAAUCCAGAGACUUUCCAUAACUCAAAUAUGACCCGAUUGUGCCCUGAUGCUCGAUGCCAGUUUACCUUCUAUGGUGGGGAGACUGGCUAUCACCGGGCGCUGCUCGGCCUGCAGAUCUACAAUGUCUUCAUGUUCUUCUGGCUGGCAAACUUUGCACUGGCUUUGGGCCAGGUGACACUGGCCGGCGCCUUUGCCUCCUACUAUUGGGCCAUAAACAAGCCAGAUGACCUUCCUGCCUUUCCUCUCUUCUCCUCCUUUGGCAGGGCACUCAGGUACCACACAGGCUCCUUAGCCUUCGGCUCCCUCAUUCUCGCCAUUGUGCAGGUAAUCCGGGUGAUACUUGAGUACCUGGACCAGCGGCUCAAAGCUGCAGAGAACAGAUUUGCCAAGUUCCUCAUGACCUGUCUCAAGUGUUGCUUUUGGUGCCUGGAGAAAUUCCUCAAAUUCCUCAAUAGGAAUGCCUAUAUCAUGAUUGCCAUCUAUGGUACCAACUUCUGUACGUCUGCCAAAAAUGCCUUCUUCUUGCUCAUGCGGAACAUUAUUAGGGUAGCUGUCUUGGACAAGGUCACUGAUUUCCUUUUCCUCUUGGGAAAGCUUCUGGUGGUGGGGAGUGUUGGAAUUCUGGCAUUCUUCUUCUUCACCCACCGAAUCAAGAUUGUAGAGGACACAGCACCUUCCCUCAACUACUACUGGGUUCCCAUCCUGACGGUGAUCAUCGGCUCCUACCUGAUCGCCCACGGCUUCUUCAGUGUCUACGGAAUGUGUGUGGACACACUCUUCCUCUGUUUCUGUGAGGACCUGGAGCGUAACGAUGGCUCCCCCGAGCGUCCGUACUUCAUGUCCCCUGAGCUGAGAGACAUCCUGCUGAAGGGGAAUGCUGAGGCCGGGAAGAGUGAAGCACAGGAGGAAUAGGGUGUUCUUGGGUGUGGGGGUGUUCUGGGCCCCUUGCUGACACACGGAGUGCCAGGGAGAUGUAAUGUGUUUGCAGACUGGGAACCAGGCAAGGGCCCAAGAUUCUUUUCUCACUGGGGAUGUGGCGGGAUGUGGGCACAAAGACAUGAAGCCUCCGUGGCAAAGGCAAAGAGAGAAGGGUGGAUUCUGUUUGUGUCUAGGGUAAAGUGUCAGUCACCCCCUAGGUCCCUGUCCUGCUCCGUGGCCUCAUCUCCCUCCUGCUGGCCAAAGCUUUUCCCAUCUUCCCUGCCACUUCCUCUUGCCCCAAUCCCCUAAGGUCUGUGCCCUCUCAUGGACCCCCUCUCCUGGGCCCUCUCUCUGCAGUGGAGGACCUGGAGCGGAAUGAUGGCUCCGUGGAGCGGCCAUACUUCAUGUCUUCCAACCUGAAGAAGCUCUUAAACAAGACCAACAAGAAGCUAGCUGAAGCCUAGAACUCCUCCCAGGCCUCCAUGGAAGGGAGGGGAGGAGGUGGUUUACAUUAGGGUCAGCACACGCCAUGGCCCCCGGAGGGCUUCAGCCCCCACUAACUCUGCCAACUCCACUCACCCUCCCACGGGCUCUUCGAUGAGGGGGCCUCCUUUAGUGCACUAUGGUUUACACUCUUAGGGUAGGGCAGCCAGUCCACCUCCCCAUCCUGGGCCCCUUCUUCAGUGGACUCAUUCAUCUACAAGACUGCCAGUCCCAGGCCCUCAAGUUAUUUUGGGGAGGGAGGGGAUAGUCUUGUGCUGAGAGAUCUCGAAGAAAGAUGUUCUAUUCAUUCUCUUGGUUCCCUAAUCAAGAAAGUUUUUUUUUUCCUUGUCAGUCCUUUUGGCUUGAGGUUAGGCUCUUUUUCUCUGACCCUGAAAAGGGUUGAGGAAGGGACAAGCUCAGCUGCCUGGAUUCAAUUCUGGGAUCCACCUGGCCCAGGAGGUUAUUUUUCAAGAGUGAGUGAAGGGGAAUGUUAAUAACUUACUCUGCUGCUUUAAAGAUGACUUUUUUUUAACCUAUUCCUGGCCAAUGUGUCUCUCUACCUGAAAAGGGUCUAUUUUUCUGACUCAUUUCAUACUUGUGGGUGACAAAACUCUAUUGAAUUUUGCAUAUGUAUUCCUGUUCUUAGGCUCAGAGGCCGAGGUUGGAUGUGGGUCGUGAAUGGACCUGCCAGUUGGUGUGAGUGUGUGUGUGUGUGGGGGGGGGGGGGGGGGGGGGGGGGGGGGGGGGGGGGGGGGGGGGGGGGGGUGUCUGUCUGACAGAGACAGAGAGUGAGAGCAAGUGCACUAUACCUCCCUUUUAUCUGUACUAACAUCUGCUUUUAGCUUGUUUCAGGCUGGUUUGCAGGGAGGUACUGAGUGGUGGGAGGCCCUUUGUUUUCCAUCUUCUCUCCCAUCAGGGAAAAGGGGAGAGGGGAAAGGAUGGGAAGCUGGGGCCUGAUGGAAUGAGGCAGGCAUAGGAAAUGUUAGUCUGGGGAGGAGAAUGAAAACUAAUAGCCUUUUAAUGGAAACCUGAUGGAAGGGCUGGGAAGGUUCUCCUCCCUCUCUGUUGAUAUGGCUGGGAUCCCAAGGGCAUUCUCGUCAUAUGAAAGGAGGAAGGCUUAGCAAAAAAAAAAAAAAAAAAAAAAAGAUAACCAGGAGAUGGUACUGGGCAAAUGAGCCUUCUCUUUCUUCUUAGGCCCUAGGGUCAAACUCAGCUAAUCAAGAUUGUUUUGUUUCACUUGCUUAUGUGGAUGUAGGUUCUUGAGCCUAAUAUUUUAAUGUCCUGAAAUUCUAUCCAGUAAGCUUUAUUUCAUUUUCCCAAAGAGGGAGUACUUCCUAACUUGGGGCCUCCCGCAUCCUGUGCCUGCUCUAAGAUUCUGUCCUCCCCAGGGCCCUGGGCCCCAUUGUCUGUGUGCCCCCUUGAUUCCUCACUCCCUAUGUCUAACUGCAUUCCAACCAUUAAUAAAAGUGCCUAUUUGUACCAGGA